AUGGCCUUCUUAGAGCUGCUCCCAACAGAGCUUUUAUAUCUCGUAGCCACUCGCCUGGACACCCGGUCUGUCUCCCAGCUCAUUCUAACCUCUCAACACUUCAAUGUCCUCCUCACACCCCACCUCCACAAGCUCGCCAUCCAACCGGUACACAAACACCUCACACAGCUCCAAUGGGCUGCCUGGAAAUGCUACCUCCCCCUCGUCAAGCUCGUCCUCAAGCUCACCAGCAAUGCCGGCAUCAACGAGUACUCCACAACUGACGGUGAGACUGCCCUCUCCUAUGCCAUCACCACCUACCAACGAAACACGGGACCGCUCGUCGACGUCAUCAAGGCUCUCCUCGAUCCCGGCGCCGACGUCAAGGCCAGGCUCCGAGGCGGUCUCUCCCCGCUGCAGCUAGCUGUAUCCAUAGGCCAUAAGGACGAGGAGCUCUUCAAGGUCCUCCUCGAUGCUGGCUCUGAGAUCGACGCGGAAGACGACCUCCGGGUCACCCUGCUGCAGCUAACCGCUGAACUGAACAGAACAAGGGUGCGGAUAUCUAUUCACGGGGAGGGGAGUAAUCGGUCGCUGGCGUAUACUGCGGUGAAGGAUGAUCAGCCGGAGGUGUUGAAGCUGUUUAUUGAGCGUGGGGUGCUGCUGGAUCCGCCGGGCGAGCGUGGGUACACGGCGUUUGAGUAUGCGGCGCUGGCCGGGAAGUUGGAGAUAGUGGAGAUAUUGCUAGCCGCAGGGGAGGGCAAGGAGUGGAUGGUUGGUAAGCGGGAUAAUGCGCUCUGGCUUGCUGCGAGGAAUUCGCACCUGUUUGUUACGAGGGUGCUGUUGGAGAACGGGGCGGAUUAUAUGAUGUUUAAGGGGAGGAAUGGCCGGACGGUGAUGGAGGAUGCGCUCUCGAAGCAGAAUGUCGAGGUUGUGCGGAUCUUGCUAGAAUUUAGCGCCGAUGUGAAUGGGAGGUCUAAUAACGGGAAGUCGCCGUUAAUGCUAGCGCUAGUGAUGGAUGUGCCAGGUGAACGGGAGAAGGAGAAUUCGUCUGCGAUUGCGUGCGCAGCAGAAGUAAAUGCUCCGGGGUACCAGUUCCAUAGUAAACACCGGUUUUAUCGCAGCUGGAGCGAAUGUGAUGACAUCCGAUGGUUAUUGUUGGAGAAUGGAGCGGAUGCAAAUGCGCAGGAUAGCGAUGGGCUUACCGUGCUCCAUAAGGUGCUGGCAUUGGGCGCUGCAGACAGCCAUGAUACGCUUGAGAUGCUACUGGAAAGCGGGGCGGACGUGACAAGUCCGGGCUCACGGCGCUGCAUCUUGCGGCGUGGUCGAGGAGGGAACAGCGCUGCAUAUGGCGAUGUGCAAUGGGGGGACCUGGCUGCGAUGAUGCUGUGGCAUCGAGGGGCGGACGUGAACGUGAUGGAUGUGGAGGAGCGGUCGCCCUUGAUACUUGCGGCGAUGCAUUCUGCAGCGACGGGGAUCAUCAGGUUGUUGAGUGGGGUGUGUGCUGAUAAUGAGACCAUUGAGGUGGGCGUGGGCUUGCCCCGGCUAGAUUCUGCGCGGCGGCGGUUACGGGGUGAGCAUAAUGACUGGCGCAUACAGAGCUCCUAG